GUGAUGGAAAAAUUAGAUCAUUUUUACCAUAAUCAGGUAGAUUACUUUAUGUAAUUAAUGAUGCACAUAUACAUGGUUGUACAUCUUUAACUUGUACUUCUGAUUGUUUAAGAAUUAUAUCAGGAGGAUCAGAAGGAGAAGUUAGAGUUUGGGAAAUUGGAAAAUAAACUUAAGUUAUGAA